AUGUUUUUGACAGACAGAAAUCUAACUGCUGAGGUCACAUUUACCCUCUUGGGCUUCUCAGAUUACCCAGAACUGCAAAUUCCCCUCUUCUUGUUGUUCCUGGCAAUCUAGCUUAGUGUGGUAGGGAAUCUGGGGAUGAUUAUGAUUAUUAAGAUUAACCCCAAACUGCACACCCCCAUGUAUUUCUUCCUCAGCCACCUCUCCUUUGCAGAUUUCUGCUAUUCCUCCAUCAUUGCUCCUAAGAUGCUGGUGAACCUUGUUGUAGAAGACAGGACCAUUUCAUUUUUAGGAUGCAUAAUGCAAUUCUUUUUGUUUUGUACAUUUGUAGUGACUGAGCUAAUUCUGUUUGCUGUGAUGGCCUGUGACCACUUUGUGGCUGUCUGCAACCCCCUGAUUUACACAGUUGUCAUGUUCCAGAGGCACUGUGCCCUGCUAGUACUUGGGUCAUAUGCAUGGGGGGUGGUAUGCUCCCUGACACUCACAUGUUCUGCUUUAAAAUUAUAUUUCCAGGGAUUCAACACAAUUAAUCACUUCUGUGAACUGUCCUCCCUGAUAGUCCUCUCUUGCUCUGAUUCUUAUCUCACCCAGUUACUUCUUUUUAUUGUUGCCACUUUCAAUGAGAUAAGCACACUGCUCAUUAUUCUUACAUCAUAUUUGUUCAUUGUUGUCACUGCCCUGGAAAUGAAUUCAUCUAGUGGACACCGAAAAGUCUUCUCCACCUAUGCCUCUCACAUGACAGCCAUCACCAUCUUCCAUGGGACCAUCCUAUUCCUCUACUGUGUGCCCAACUCCAAAAACUCCAGACAUACAGUCAAAGUGGCCUCUUUGUUUUACACAGUGGUGAUUCCCAUGCUAAACCCCUUGAUCUACAGUCUGAGAAAUAAAGAUGUCAAAGACACAGUCAGUAAAAUAAUGAAUGUAAGAUAUUUUUCUCAGAGACUUUAA